AUGCUCUAUCAAAUGGCAGACAACAAUUUGCACUUUUACAUUCGAAAAGAUUAUCAAGAACUGGCCAAUUCACCUGUCGUUCAAACCCCAGAUCUCAAGACUUGGAUUUACUACGACGCCCUCAACCAAGCCCCAUUGCCAUUGCCGGAUACGGUAGAUGCCGAAGGCAAUGUCGUCACGGAAGCAUUCACUGGAAGUCGCUAUGUGACAUAUGAUCAAACUCUGGGAAGAAUGAGAAUUGAAAGUGAAAAACUACUGGAACAAAACUCGGAUACCAUCUCCACUGUACAAGCUUUUCUAGAGCAUGGACUGGAAGAUUGUCUAGCCAAUGGGUAUGAUAGUCUCAUGGCUGUCUUUUCCUCCCACGGGGGAGGAUUUGCCGGAUUUGGAGGAGAUGAAAAUGCGAGGAGGAAGCUUUUGCAGACCAAUCAAGACAUUGCCACGGCCAUUCGUAAUGCAUUGGAGAAUGUACAGGGUGGUGCCAUCUCCAAGCUGGAUGUGUUGGGGUUUGACGCCUGCCUCAUGCAAGCCCUAGGUGCUGCCGAUGACUACAAAGAUGUUGCAAAGUACAUUCUGGCAAGUGAAGCGGUGGAACCAGGGCAUGGUUGGGCAUACAACUACUUGGAAACAGCUCCUUCAGCACUGGAUCUUGCACAACAAAUUCUCGAAACCUAUUUGCAGGAAACGCAGGGAGGAAUUUUCCAUCAGAUGCCAAAAAUUCUAUCCAUUAUCGAUACGGACAAGUUUAGUACCUUUGUCAACGCAUUUGAAGACUUUUCCAAAGAGCUGCUCCGCUUAUUACAAGGCGGGGAUUCGUCACUUCAUGCCUACGUGUAUCGAUCGCGAGCAUCCUCUGUCGCCUUUGAAGGAAUUGUAGAUGCAGUGGGGACGACCAAACCUUCAGCGUUGGACAUUGGAAGUUGGAUGGAAAAGUUGGAACUGCUUUGCAGUCCUUCAUUGACGGGGGAUUUUGGUGCGGCUCUUCAAGUGGCGAAAACUGCAUAUUUCGAUAUGAUAGUACUUGAAGGAGUAGGGAUAGGGACAGCAAGGGGAACGGGUAUGCAUCUAGAUUGGCCCGUUCCGACUGAAUACAAGGCCAACACAAUUCUGUGGAACCAGGUACUAUUUCAAAAUAAAAACUACGUGACCCAGAUUGUUCCAAACUUUAACGAAUUCCUUGGGUGGUUCCUGGAAGCAGGUGUUCCAGUCGGAAUGUCGCGUCUUUCGGUCUGUGAUAAGAAAGCAGACACAGAGUCCAAUGCUGAAAACCCGCCAACUGGUGGAUUCGAGGUAGCGACGUCUCUCUUUAUCACACAAAACGCUUCGCAGAAUGCCAGCACAGGCUCCUUGGAUUUCACGGCUACCAUUUCGUUGGAUACCUCAGAAGUAUCAGUGGAGUAUGGCAUUGACCUCACAACACCCCUCAAACAGCAACUUGUCGAUAAGGGCUAUGAGCCAACCGAUGAUGAGUACUUGGUCCUUCUUGGAGGCGAUGUUGUUGGGGAAUACGACCGAGACACCUUCUCAGCAAGCUGGGACCAGUUCUUCUACUUCCUAAAUAUUACAGGAUCCAGUACGUUCGAGGCAUUGUACGUCCGGGAUGGAGGAGACGGUUCCCGAACAGUCCCAGUAUUGUUUUUCCCGGAGGAAAACAGAGAAGAGCUUGCCAACCUGCAGUACCUGGACUAUCUUUUCUUUAAUUUUGCCUAUUGGGCCGAACAAGGAGCACGCUAUAGUUUUCUCAAGUUUUCAGUGGAUGAAGCAGAUGGUCGAGUCAACAAUAAUCUUGGCUUGUUUGUUUCAAACUCUGCAGGAAUUUUCACGGAGCAACCUCGGUCUGGGCUCGGCUAUGUGCUCCCACUAAUCUACAUAGAUGCAUUCGUCCAAGGUCGAAAGCUGACCAUUCUCCCUGGAGGAUUCAACUCGACUGUCAUUGAAUGGAAGGAAGAAUUGGACUACAACAUCCUUACGACACCAGUCAAGAAUAUUUUCAAGGUGAUCCCAACCACAGAUGCGGUUGUGGUUGCCUUGACCGCCGUCAAUCACGGAGACCUCUCGUCUGAACCCGAGUCUAUCUUCUACAACAUCUCUGGUGACGAAGCCGCCACCAUUACACAGAUAUCGUUCACUCCUGCUCCAACAGAAUCACCAACCAAUGCGCCCCAAUCUCCAGGUUACAAUUUCAAUGCAACAAACGCACCUCACUCGAAUGUUUCCUCCAACAUUUUUGAUCACGGAGAAGGUGAUGGUCUCAUGACGGACGACAGCGACGAGAUGCUGCAAGGCAACCAAACAGGGGCCAAUGAUACCGCACCAAUAUCAGAUGCCAGCAUGAUGGAUGAAAACCAGACCACAAGUGCUCCUGAUCCCUCGUCCAAUGCCCAUUCUUGGAUUGGUCCUUUACCAGCCUUUGCAACAUCCAUGCUGCUAUCGUGCUUGUGUGCUCAUUACUUCCAAUAG